GCAUCAUCAUCGAAGCAACCUACCGACAAGCUCGACAACCACUUCCACCAUCCAGAGUACCGGGCUUUCGGAAGAAAUGACUGGCAGCCUGCGGCCGCCCUGAAAACCGCGACAACCAUGGCAUACAUAGCCCCCAUCCACCGGUCGAGCAGUGUACGCCAUGCAUUGUACAUACAAUUACUCGCCGGCGAAGAACCCAGCCUGGUGCUGGCCAAGACGAACCGCCUGGAGAUAUGGCGGCGAACCGACCAGGGCCAGCUCAAGCUGGAGCACUCCCAGUCUGUCUUUGGAAAGAUAGUCAUGCUCCAGUCCGUCAGGCCCAAGGAUUCCGAAACGGACAUGCUCUUUGUCGGCACCGACCGCUUCAAAUACUUCACGGCCGAGUACGAUCCCGACACCCGCGAGCUUGUCACCAGGCAGGCCAUUUCAGACCUUGGCGAGCAGUUCGUGCGCGAGGUGUCGUCGAGGAACAGGUGCAUAGUCGACCCGUCUGGUCGCUACAUGGUCUUGCUUCUGUGGUCUGGUGUCAUGCACGUCUGGCGUCUACAUAAGAGGAAGGGCCAGCAGAAGGGCCAGCUUCAGACGAGACUGGAACUGAUGGACCAGGCACGCAUAUCGGAGCUGUACAUCAAGGAUGCUGUAUUCUUGCACUCAGAGACUGGACAUCCCCGCAUUGCCUUUCUUUACCAGCCAAGACCGAACGAGCCGGACUGCAAGUUCGCCUCUUAUAGGCUAUGCACAGACGACAGGGAUAGAGAGCUCUCACGGUUCGAGCAGAAAGACCGGGAGUUUACGUUUGAUGUUCCGGAUCCGGGCUCCACGAUGAUGAUACCAGUGGAGCGGGUCGAAACGGAGAGACGCCACAACUUUCGGAAUCCGGCUCGGGAUGAGUGCCAUCUUGGAGGUGUCAUAGUGGUGGGGGAAUCCAGAAUGCUCUAUAUCGACGACCAAUCCUGGACUUGGACCGAAACAGCGCUCACAUCUGCCAUGGUGUUCGUUGCGUGGGCAAAGGUCGACAAUACACAUUAUCUCCUGGGCGACGACUACGGCGGCCUCCACUUGUUGACCAUUCAAAUCAAGCAAAACAGCGAUACCGCAGUGGACAGCCUGAGUAAUGUGCAGAUUGGAACGACAUCCAGGGCUACCAAGCUCGUAUAUUCCGAGACCAACGAAACCCUCUUCGUUGCGUCUCACUACGGCGACUCUCAAUUUUAUGACGUCAAUCUUUUCGCGGAUUCCAGCAAAGGGGAGCCUUUUCUUGAGCUUAGGCAGACUAUUGAGAACAUAGCCCCUAUACUUGACUUUGCCGUCAUGGACAUGGGCAAUCGCGAGGGUGACAGUCAGCUAGGGAACGAGUACUCUUCUGGCCAGGCUCGCAUCGUGACUGCCAGUGGAGCGCAGAAAGACGGCAGCCUGCGGAGUGUCCGCAGCGGGGUUGGACUGGAGGAUAUCGGUGUCAUAACUGACGAAAUCUCCGGUAUCACCGGAUUGUUCUCCCUGAAGUCGUACGGUUCGGAUAUCGAAAAUACACUGGUGGUCUCAUUCCUCACCGAAACCAGGGUUUUCAGAUUCGAUGAGCAGGGUGAAGUCGAGGAGUUGAGUCAACUACAGGGUCUGAAUCUCAGCCAGCCGACCCUGCUAGUGGCUGGUCUCGACAACGGACAAGUUCUCUAUGUCACUGAAGAAAAGGUGACAGUCUUUGACCCAGAGGGCGGCGUAACGAUAAGCUCUUGGUCACCGACUUCAGGGAAGCCUAUCACACAUGCAUCAAGUAACGGACGGUGGGUCCUCGUGUCGGUGGAUGGCAGGAAACUAGUGUCUCUAAAUAUCGGACUUGACUUGAAGGUGAGCGCCGAGUCCGAAGAGCGAGACGAGGACCAAAUAUCAUGUGUCAAUGCAUCACCGCAUCUUCUCGACGUAGGCGCCGUGGGCUUCUGGUCUUCUGGCACCGUCUCGAUUAUAGAUUUGGAGACAUUGCAAGCCAUGCAAACCGAGAAGAUUCGGAGAAACGAGGAUGACGCGGUCGUUGCUCGUGAAGUUGUACUUGCGCGGGUGUUGCCAGCAGAAGUCGCCAACCCGACUCUAUUUGUAUCAAAAGAUGAUGGCGAGGUCAUGACGUUUGUCUACAAUGACAACGGUACGCUGUCGUCACGUAAAAGCGUUGUUCUCGGUACACGUGAGGCGCGCUUUCGUGUCUUACCACAGCCCAACGGCUUGUGCAGCAUAUUUGUGACAUGCGAGCACUCGAGUCUGAUUCACGGCGCCGAACGACGGAUUGUGUAUUCGGCGGUCACAGCACACUCGGCUGCAUAUGUCUGUCCUUUUGAUACGACGGCGUUCCCUGACUGUCUCGCUGUAGCAACAGAGUCAGCAGUCGACCGGAGAAUGGAACUCAAAAUCUCGCGCAUCGACAGACAGCGCCAGUGCCAGAUGAUGACACGUCCCAUGGGUGAGAACGUACGCAGCAUAGCAUAUUCGAGCGCCGAUAAGGUGUUUGGUCUGGGAUGCAUCAGAAGAGAGCUCGCCAAAGGUAUCGAAAAAGUCUACGGCACCUUCAAACUUUUCGACGAAGUCAUAUUCGAGCCCAAGGGUAAUGUCUUUGAGCUCGAGGAUGGUGAGGUGCCAGAAUGUGUCACUCGCGCACCUCUGAUCGAUAGUUAUGGCGAGCAAGCAGAGAGGUUCAUAGUUGGCACGCGUUUCCUCUCGGGAACUGGGAGUGGUCACGGCGGCCGAGUCCUGGUCUUCGGUGUCGACGAAAGCCGCUCAGCGUACCUGGUCCAUGCACACGCUACCAAGAGCGGAUGCCGGCGAAUAGCGACCAUGGAUGAUGAUCUCCUCGUGAUAGCACUUACCAAGACGGUGGUUCUAGUGAGGUACCAAGAGACAUCGACGACCUCUGCCAAGUUCCUCAAAGUGGCGGCGUUUCAAACAUCCAGUUAUGCCGUCGACGUGGCGGUACAUGGAAGGUUGAUCGCCGUGGCGGAUAUUAUGAAAUCCAUCACACUCCUUGAGUACAUUCCUGGGGCUGGCAAGUCAGCCAAGACGGGAGGCAAAGACAAGGCCACAACUAAGAGUGAUAAGGAAGGAGAGGGGUCGAAGCAGGCAAAACUUGUCGAGGUCUGUCGUGAUUACCAAUCGAUGUGGUCCACGGCUGUAUCCCACCUCGAGGAAGACUCGUGGCUUGUAGCUGAUGGUGAUGGCAACCUUGUCGUGCUUCUGAGAAACACUGCAGGCGUAACGCUAGAGGACAAGCGGCGAAUGCAGAUGACAAGCGAAUUUGGCCUGGGCGAAUGUAUCAACAAGAUCCAAAAGGUCAUGGUCGAGACGGGUGCGAAUGCGCCAAUAGUUGCCAAAGCAUUCUUGUCUACGACCGAGGGUUCAAUCUACCUGUUUGGCACCGUUGCCCCCAAGUUCCAGAGCCUGCUCAUGGACUUUCAGGCGAACAUGGAAGCGCACAUAAGCUCACCGCUUGGAGAGCUCCAAUUUAAUCAGUGGAGGUCUUUCCGCAACCCUGAGCGAGAGGGAGCAGGGCCAGAAAGGUUUCUGGAUGGCGAGUUCCUCGAGAUGUUCCUCGACAUGGACGAGGAGACUCAGAUCGAUAUUUGCCAGGGCCUGUCUUAUACUGCGGAGGAUAUGAGGAAUCUGAUUGGGGAGAUGAAGAACAUGCAUUGA